GCCACACUCGUCUCACAGUGUAUCGAACGAACGACAGAACAGCUGUUAUACUGUACGUAGAAAGGAAGACCGUAAGUUGUGCAAGKCACAUCUAGARAAUCAAGCAUCCUUAUUGGGAACUAAGCUACAAGAUCAGUGUUUGCAAUAGUAUUUGUAUUAUUGGUUUGUUGUAGGCUUGUAUACGACCGUUUCUCUGCCUCUAUAGUGAUAUGUUGUUACCGRGGGCAGCUUAUAGCCUGCAAUAAAAAAGCUUCGACUUCUACCUCAACCUAACCGUCAGCCAACGGAUAAAGGACACACUCAGAAGCUUACAGAUGGACUGGCUCACACCGGAGAUGUGAAGUGUGUUAUGUGAAGCCAAGGUGUCAUCCCACCUUGCAGGUGGUGGGGAGAGAUGCUGCACUCUGUUGCCAUGACAGCGGAAGUCCUGUUUGUUAUGUGGUUUCUCAUGACCAGUACUCAGUGUAAUCCCGUGGCAGACUUGUUGGUGAGCCGGGAACGCUUUGAGCGCGUCCUGACCCAGGCCAGAGAGGACAAGUAUGACAAGCAGCAGGCCUCGGAGGGGGCGCUCAGUUACAGCACCCAACAACAGCUGAAGGAGAUCAGCUUCAUGGGCCUGGAGGCUAACAGAGGGGUCAGCAAUAGAACGUCUGUCAACAAAUCCAGGACGAACUCCAGRUCCCAGAAACGUGGUGGAUCCAAGGGUGGGAAGGCAUCAUCACAGGAGUUGUGGGAAGAGCAAGAGGGGGGCCUGAGUCGGGUAGACGAGGGCCCCACAAGUGAAACAAACCUCUCUCUUGACGCUAUCGACGAGUACGCAUAUCCAGAUUACAGGGGGAAGGGCUGCAUUGAUGAGAGUGGCUUUGUGUUUGCCAUCGGGGAGAAAUUUACUCCGGGGCCCUCCACGUGCCCUUGCCUCUGCACGGACGAGGGACCCCUGUGUGCCAAGCCUGAAUGUCCCAAAGUUCACCCUCGCUGCGUCCGGGUGGACACCAGCCAGUGCUGUCCAGAGUGCAAGGAGAAGAAGAACUACUGUGAGUUCAGGGGAAAAGUCUACACAACGCUACAAGAAUUUAAGGUGUCUCCGUGUGAGAAGUGUCGCUGUGAGGGGAGUGGAGAGGUGUUGUGCUCUGUGUCAGCAUGCCCUCAAACAGAGUGUGUGGAUCCAGAGUAUGAGCCUGAUCAGUGCUGCCCCAUCUGUAAGACCGGGCCAAACUGUUAUGCAGACACACAAGUGAUCCCAGCUGGGCGCGAGGUGAAGAUUGAUGAGUGUACAAUCUGCUACUGCACCUAUGAAGUGGGCACGUGGCAGAUCGAGCAUCAGGCUACCUGCAGCAAGAACGAUUGCCAGGUGAGCUAGAGACUGGCCCUGACAGUGGGUAUGGGGGCAGGGGCUAUGGGGCCAUAGGUGCUCCCGCCGUGUCCAUGUCAGCCAGCACGCAACUCAACGCUAGCCUGAUUAAACCAGACUGAACGCUGGUGAGCGCAAACAAAUGUUGAGUGCAGCGUUCAGUCUAGUUUAACCUGGCUAACUGAACGCAGCCUUCACCCAGUCUAUACCAGACAUCAGGGUCAUCCCCCAGACCGUAUGAUUUCUGCAUUUACAAUCACAUGUAUUAUUAAAUCAAGCUUUAUAUGAAGAGUUUGAAUCCAUAUACAGAAUAUCUAUUUAUCUAUGUACUGAAUUAUUUAUGGAYAAAAACUAGCCAAAACAUAUUUUUUAUAGCCACUGCAUUUUAUUAAACUGCAAUGUYUUGGGGUUAGAGGUCAAAUAAACAUAAUGGAAUGUAUAGAAUCCUUACUGUCUGUGUUUCAUGGAGGUAGAAACCAUAGCCUACUGACAGGGGGUGUCAUUCUUACACGAUGCACCACCUGAAGUAAAACAAUGGGUAAAACUUGUAAGGUUUCAAUUUGAAAAUUGUACGUAAUUUUGAAAAUAACUUAGUGAAGAAAUGUAAGAAAUGACAUGACUGUUUUGUGAUUUGGUUAUAUGUGUUUUGCAAUUUCAAUGUGUUUUGAUUUUAUGUGCUUUUUGUAAGCGGUUCUCUUUGUAUUAUGUAUUCAUGUUUAAAAUAAACAGCAACCUGUGCGCUGUA